ACCUAUUCAUCGAUAAACAUGUCUCAAAUUAUUAGAGUGGCGUCAUUUAGUUGAAUGGUACGCUGGUUGCAUAUCGACCGAGUAAAUAGUUUCUCUCCAAAUCCCGUGGUUUAUUAUUAAUUGUUCUUAGACAUCAUUGAAUAACAGCCUGAGCGAGAAUUCCAAGGCCUCAGAAUGGAAGUAGAGGAGUUGCAGGCGAUUCUGGAGGCCAAGGAUGGGGUGAUGGAGGACCAGGAGGAAGAGAUAAUUUACGCCGAAGAGGAAACGGAACAACUUGAGGACGGCGAAGAACACACAGAGGAAAUUGUCGAAAUAAUAGAAGAGAUUGUAGUUGUAGAGGGUGAGGAAGAGGAUGAUAAGGAGGAGGACGAGUGUUCAAGACCUGAAAGCGUCACUGAAGUGGCAGAAGUUGAGUCAAUGGAGUCCCAAGAGGAUGACAGUCCAGACGAUGAAUCAAAAGGCCAGAGAUCAGGCGGAAAAUAUAAAUCGCAGAAAGCCACAACUUAUGAUGCUAAAGAAGAUUGGGAGGAGGAAAAUGAUCCAUUAGAGACUAGGGAAAUCAUCAGGCCGAAAAGAUCUCAUGUUACCACGCGAAGACCCACUGUGAAUGGCAAUAAUAUGCUAUCGAAUGGAAAUGGAGAGGAACAUAGUUAUGAGAGCUCUAAAACUAGGUCUUCAAUGGAGUAUGAGCCAGAAAUGAAGAUACCCAGGCAUGAUGAUGAGGAUAGUCCUCAUGAAAUUGUGAAAAGCGCUGACAAUGAUUUGGUUUACACGGUUUUGGGUUCCAAGAAGCAGAGUCAGGAAGAAAAAAAUGCAAAUGCUCGCUACAUUAAGAUGGAAAGAUUAGAAGAAAAUACGAUCCCCGUGGAAGGGACAAUUUACUAUGAAGGUGAUGAUAUGGGAACACUGUACGUCGCUCAUCCCUUAAAUGAGCAUGAACAAUAUGAAAUGGAAGGUGAACUCCCUGUCGAACAGGAGGGGCAGCAGGUCGAACAGCAAGAGCAAUGGGAUGGCUCUAAUGAGGUCAUCAUGGCUGAAAAGGGAGAACAAGAAAGUCCGCAGGAUCAAAUAUUCCUUCAUGAGGAUGAGGAUGGCCAAUUAUUCUUCAAAGAUGAGCAUGGACAGAUGCAGCCAGUGUACUUGACUGAGGAUGGAAAUUAUGCCAUUGCAAGUAACAGUAGUGAUGAGCAGGAAAAUCAGGAGGAAAGAAAUCGAAAAAUGCAUGAGAAUGUUGAAGACAUGGAAAGUCUUUCUAAUAGACAGCAGUCACCAUCUCCAACUGCUACGAACAAUGAUCCAGAAAAUGAGGACAGCACAGUAACGAUUUCCCUGAUCAUUUCAGAGGACGAAAAUGGCCUAAAGAGAACUCAAGUAAUAAUUCCAACAGCAGAUGCACUAAAAUGUGAAAUUUGUCAAAAGAGUUUUAAGAGCCAAUUCCAGCUGUUGCGACACAACAGACUGAAGCACGCACGCGAGGAAGAUAUUACAGUACGCAACUUCCCCUGCGAUUUGUGCCCCAAACGUUUUCCCGAUCAAAAUUCAUUGGCUAAACAUAGGAAAACACACACUGGAGAUCGUCCAUUCCAGUGCCUUGAAUGUCAUGAGCAGUUUCCAACUGCCAAUUCCCUUCGUCGCCAUAUGAAUCUUCACAAUCCUGACUCAAAGCCCCUUCCAUGCAUCUAUUGCGGUCGAAGAUUCAUCGAUAAACCAACACUCCAAAAACAUGAACAAUCUCAUCUUGCUGCGGAACAACGCACACAUAUUUGUGACAUAUGUCACAAACCAUUCAACACCGCCAAUGAUCUGUCGAUGCACAAGAAGAAUCAUGAUCCUGAUAAAAAGUUCGACUGUGAAGUCUGUGGACGUGAAUUUAAUCGACUUAAUAAUUUGCAACGGCACAUGCUCGUGCAUAAACAGUCAUCAAGAGGAGAAUCAUUCGAAAGAAAUCAGCCAGGACAAAACCAGGAGAUAUUAUCCUGUGACGUAUGUGGAAUUACUUACAAAUUCAUGAGCUCCUUGACAAGACACAUGGUAACUUCUCAUAUGAACCCCGAGAAGUUGAGACAACAGGCUGAAGAACAGCGACGAAAACGAGAGAACAAUUAUAAACGUUAUCUUGAAAAUCGAAAGAUGUACGAAACUCAGCACGUCCCCACAUACGGGAAACGCCUGCACAGGGGUGCAGUCAGUAGUGAUCCUGAUGAUGAUUUAGCCUGAGAUGAGGGUAAUGAUUCGCCGGGUUAUCACUGGAUGAAUCCACAAUUGGUACCAUUGCGAUGGUUUAGACGUUAUCGACAUCCGUAACGCCUUCAAAGAUUAAUUAAUUCACAUGAACUAAGUUAAUCUAAAAUUUAAGAAUUCAAAAAUUAAUGAGAAACAAAUAUGUCUAAGGUUACAUUUUAAAUACAUUUAAUAGUAUGAUUGGAAAGACAUCAUUUAAAAAUGUGAAGGAUUCAAUUAAAUAAUUAUCUCCAUGAAUGUUUCAUUCAGAUCACGAAAAUAAUAAAUGUAUCCCUAAAUCAGUUUUUGUAGGAUUUAUGGUGUAUUAAGCUCAUUUACAGUUUGCUCGGCAUCCCUCGAAAUGCAGAUGAUCAUGAUCUAAAGUAUUAUAUAAUAUAUUUGGAAAACAAUGUUUAUUUUCAAGCGAAUUAGUCAAGAAUAUUUUUUGGUGUGAUGACAGUUUUUUUUUCAGAUUAUUUUAUAACAUUGGAAGUUUGUGACAUAAUUAUAUUGGGAUUUAACCGAAUUAUCUCUUGAAUUAAUUUCCCAAGAACACUUAAUUUGAAUUUUUCACUGCACAAUCAAUGACGAAAAUAAAAUAAUACAAUUUAAGUGAUUCAAAGUUGGGGGAUAAUUAAUUAUAAUUUUUCAGUUCUCAAUGUUGUAAUCUACGCCCAGAGCACUCUCCGAUUUUUUUGGGUUUAUUAAUUGCUUGUAAAAACGCUCUUCUGCUAUUCCCACGUCUCUUUGCCUACAAAAAUAAACAAAAUUAUAAUAAAAA